AUGUUUGGUUUCCCAGUGAGAUUAGGAGUCAUAUCAGUUGGUUUUACGUCAGAUAAAAUCGCCAAUUUGAAUACUGAAGAAGAUAUCGAAACUAUUAUAAACAGUCAAUUAAAGACAUUUCUCGAUGAUGAUAUAGACCUAGUUAAUCAACAACAAGAAAACAUACUUUCUGCUCGUGAAGAAUCAGCGAAAUGUUUGGAAAAACAGGCUUACAAAAUGAUAAAAACAUCAAAUCGCAAACUAAAAUCUAUAAAUGUAGGAACUACUGUUCGAAUACCAAUUCCUGAUGUUAAUAGGGCUAGAGGAUCACCUCAGAAUUUAUUGGCUGUUGUCACCAAAGUUCAAGAUGACUUAUACAAAUUAUGUACAGAAAAUGGUUACUUAAAGCACAAAUACACACUAACAGAUAUAGUUCCAUGUGACGAAAAUUUUCUUGAUUUGAAAGAGACGAAAGAAAGAGCGAAAGAAAAAGGAAUUACUCCCAGAGAGGCUGCCAGGCAUAAUAGCAUUGCUGGGAGUCAGGGAUAUCAAAGGUGUCAUUGUAAAACAAAAUGUCAAAACAAUCGAUGUGCUUGUCGAGCAGCUAAAAAUUAU